GUCCUUUGGAGGGUGGUUGGUGAUCGGAGCGUUAGGCCACUCCAGAAACUUGCCGUGGAUGAUGCUAAUCCAGCCACAUUCAGCAAUGCUCCAUCCUGAGGAAUAUUUUGAUUGCCUGAUCAAAAUGCAACAGCAAGACUCAAGCCCCUCAAUCAAAAGAACGAAUACCUCAUCUGCGCCAUAUGUAAAAAUAACCCGAAUGCACCCAACACCAUGUUCAGCACAAGAUUCACGCAACCACAAUCCCCACUCCUAGGUCGGCUCCCCUUCGAGAUCCGCCAAAUGAUCUGGACCUAUCUCUACCGCAGCCCCAAGAAUGUGCAUAUCGUCCGCUGCCUGGAAAGAAAGACAAAACUGCAGUAUGUUGUGUGUCGCGAAGGCAUCAGGAGAGAUAUCCCUGGCAACUGCUGUAAAUUCUGUCUCAACGCCUCCCAGCGGAGAGAGAAGGAUUGGGCCCAGGAGUAUGGCACGUUCUCCGGGCUCAAAAGGCCGUUUGGGGAUUUGGUGGCGGUGGGGAAAACGUGUUGGUUUGCCUACACCGAAACACGGCCAUACAUAUACUCUGAAUGCACCUUCAUCUUCGCUACGUACUCCAACUUCCUCCACUUCACCUCGACCAUCUCCGCCGUCCACUGCCACCAGUACAUCCGCUCCGUAAAAAUAUACUGGAACCUCUGCGGCGACUUCUUUGUAGGAGAUGAGGAGGAUUUUCUCAUUCAACUCUCUGUUCUCUGCGACACUAGUAGGUCACUGAGCGGGCUGAGGCGAUUUGUCAUACUUAUGCCCCCAGUGGAUUGGUAUGAGCGGGAGGACAUGGUGGCGAAAGUCCUGGCACCGUUGGAGAGUAUGCACUGUCCAUGGGAACUGAGUGUUCAUCUUACGUUUCAUGACGCGGAGGAGCAGUUGUGGGGUUUGAGGGGUACUUUUAGGAGGCUGGGGUGGAGGGGAGUAGUUAGCGGUUAUAAAGUAAUACACGACCCCAGAACUUGGAUUAUACAAGUGCUGAGUGUGCGGGUUGGGUCAAUGGAUGUGAGCUAAAAAUUCCGUAUAUUAUUUGCUGGUUUGGUAUUGGUACGGAA